UUUCGUGAAACUCUAAAUUCCAAGAUGGUGCUGCCAUUAUCACUGCUUCGAGCUGCACAAAAUCAUCCUAUGCUUGUCGAGUUGAAAAAUGGUGAAACAUACAACGGUCAUUUAGUAAGCUGUGAUAACUGGAUGAACAUUAAUCUUCGAGAAGUGAUCUGCACGGCGAGAGAUGGUGAUAGGUUUUGGCGUAUUCCUGAAUGUUAUGUACGUGGAAGUAACAUAAAGUACUUACGAAUACCAGAUGAAGUUAUUGAUAUGGUGAAAGAAGAUAUCUCUAAAGCUAAAGGCAGAGGAAGACCAGGUCGUGGACGUGGUGGUGGACGAGGAGGUCGUGGUGGCAGUGGUAGAGGUAGAGGUAAACCCAGAAAAGAUCAAGAAGGAGGAGGUGUUGAUAGAUAAACAUGUUGAUGUUAUGUUGUUGUUUACCACUUAUGGUCAUAUCUCACAGAUUUUAAAGAUAUGCUUGUGUGAAAAAUCAUUGAACUUGAGAAAUGACAUUAUUCAGAUACUGCUAACGCAAACUGCAUGUUGUAUGUAUGUCCAAAAAAAUGUAUGUUGUCUUUUCUAUAUUACACCAGUACUCAUAUAUAUUUAAUGGUUUUUCAAAAUGAAAGAAUAUUAAUUUUUACAAUGACAAACAAUAUAUGUAGAUAAUAGUA